AUGUUGUGCUGCGUUAAGGACUAUGCUGGAGUGGGACUAGAGCAGUUGAAUCAUUACGUGAAGAAGUUCGGUCCAUUGGUGAACCCCGUUUUCGGCGAGCAGCCGGCUUUCUUCAUCGACGAGUGGACUAGAAAUGGAGGCAGAGUGACAACCUCACAGGGGACGUAUAUUUUAGAGCAGCUUCCUGGAGGUCCCAAAGUGAGAUUGCCCGACGUGGCUUACACACCGCGAGGCUCUCAACGCCAAGCUCUCGAUCGAAAGAUGCAAAAUGAAUAUUUUAAGCAUGGCAUCCAGUUGGGUUGGCUGAUCGAUCCACGCCCAGACUUUCAGAGUAUGUAUGAGUACUAUCUCGACGAAAAUGGAAAUAUACACGAACCUAUGUUAAAAAUGGUGCUGAACCAGGAUUCGGGAUCGUCGUCGGAAGAUGAAGUCGAUCUAGUGUGUCCUUGUCCAGGAUGUAACACGCGAUUUCGAUCGCCUGGUGCAAUUGCUGCUCAUGUUGAAUGGCACCGUGAGGAAAGAGCUAUUUCGAAGUACUUAGCCAAAAGUGGGAACUCAUAA